AGCGUGUACCUCGAUUCUCAUCUUCUCCACUCCAGCCCCGGCCCCCCUCCGUCGAACAAUGUCAGUCGUAUUCUUUGGUGCGAAGAAGAGCUCCUCAUCCCCAUAGCGUGCGGAGUGAACCAUUCCUCGUCUUCCCGUGAGGCGCUUCAGGCCUCCUCGGUUAGAUACUUUUUGGAAGAAGACCAAAGCGGAUGAGAAUCAAAGAAACGCCGCUGUCUCCCCCGCUUCGGUUGUUGUUUUUUCUUUUGAAGCGUUUCGUGGAAGAUUUUGCGAGGGCCGAAGAAGUGCGUGCAAGUGGUGUCGGAGAGCUAUUGCGGAGUGUGGUGACGUAUUUCGACGCGAUUGAGUCAGUUCUUGGCUUGAUUUGGUGGCGAUUCGAGGAUUUGCGAAGGUGUGCGUCGUGGUGUGUGACCGUGUGCUCGAGGUUUGACGAUUUGAAGCCUGUGAGAAGCUUUUUUUAACGUGCGUAUGUGAAGAGGUUGGCCAGCAGCGUCAACCUUGCAUCGUUCUCCCAGCUUCGUGCUCGGAGAAUAUAGAGGUGGAUACAUCAAUCGAGCUGGAUAACAGUUGGCUUCGGUUCAAUUGCCUCCUUUGCAUCUAUCUUUUGCCAGCACAUACACAGAAGCAGGUAUUUGAAAACGGUUGAAGCUCUUUCACUAGAGUAGAUGGGAUUUCCUUCAAAGCAACGGGACUGUUUGGUUCUGUCGCUGUCCCCACUGGACGGCAAGAAGAGUCCAUGGAUGUGCUCUGCGCCAGAGCGGCAGAAUCCUACACGGUUUUACCCUCGCCCCUACGCCAAGCGUCCGCUCCUGUCCCGGCGACACAAAACCCGGCGUAAGAACAAGAGAACGAUCAUGAACCGGGUCCCCUGUGCUCCUUACAACACAAGUUCUUACCUGAUGAGAGCAGGAAAGCUUGGCAUCAACGCGCCAUUGUUGUCGCCUGCAACUCCUGCGUUGGAGACGCCUGUUAUCUCUCCCUCUCCAUGGCCUUCUGAAAGUCUCGGUGACUGCCAAGUAGCGAACGAAUUGGGAGUCAACGCUUAUGGUUCCAUGAAUGGACGUAUUCGUCUUCGAUCGGAUGAUAUGGACCGAGACUCAGGCUCAUGUUCCUGCGGAGAGUCGGACACUGAGCAUUGCGGUCGUCGUCCAGCGGAUUCUGUGCAACAAGUAGAGGAGCGAAUUGAUCAUGGAUUGCAACGCUUUGAGAUGUUAUACAAUGCAGACUCACCACUAAGGCAGCAUGGUGUGGUGGCUGAUCAAGAGAUACACAUUCAGCACUUGGAGGAGGAGAAUUUGUCUCUGCAGCAGCGUCUUUGGGCUAUGUCACAGGAGCUUUCUCAUUUACGGAGGCGCCUGGGCCAUGAUUGUGAAUCUGGAGUCAUAUCCGACGAGAGCCUAGGCAAUGGCUCAUGUGCUACUUAAUUCCACUCAAAAUGGACCCGAGCAUAAUUUCGACACAGGACUGGUGGUGUGUCUUGAAGUAUUAUGUUGAGAGGACGAAUCCUUGUACAGUUGUAUGUCCAAGUUGCAUGGGGCUUGAUGUGUCAUGUAUGUGAAAAGAUGAGAAAGAAUGUGAAAGGAUCAGUAGUGUAGUUGAAAGGAUUUGCUGUGUUCUAAGGGUGGCUGAUGGGAAAGAGGGAAAUCAUCGUUGCAGCCAGGAUUAAUUUUAAGUGGAGAUGCUUAAGUGCUGCAGCACAAGCCAUGGAGAUCCCUUCGGGGGUAGAAUCCACGUGCUCGCAUCUGCUCUCCAUGCCUCGGCCUGCGGCUGUCAAAUGCUCUUCCCGGGCAAAAGUCAGCCAGAGACUGCUUGGGCUCAAAUGGCCCGUUGGUAAGCAUGCUCCCUCAGUAAGGGUAAGCGAGCUUAUCACAAUGGCACCUUCAAAUUAGAAGAUUGUGUGCGUUCUGUCUCACAUUUCUGUAAUUUUGAUUCAUUAGUCACUCUUUUGAAACAUUUUUUUCUCUUUUGUAUGCAGCGAUUUCAGUAUGUAGUGCACGAAGGUUCCGCCAGCACUGCUCCUAAAAGCUGUGUUGACAUUUAGUUUUGCUAUACGAAUCUUGUGGCUUUGGCUUUGUUCAAGUCUACUUCAUGUGAAUCGUGUGGUGUAUGAUCAUAUACAUAUAUUUUUUUGUUUUUCUUCGUCUUCGUCUUCGUCUUCUUCUCUCUGCCUGAGAAUGUUCUUUUAGUUACUUCCCAGUUGUAUAAGUAGAAAGGAAACACCAUCGCCAAGUACAAUUUUGGGCUGUAAAUUAUCUUGGUUUUUAUGUGCUUGCUCUCUGCGUCGGACUGUUUACUCAUUUUA